AUGGAGCGCAAAAUCGCUUUGGUUCCUCUCCAUAAGAACGCUGUUGCUAAAGCAGUCCAGGCAGCAUAUUCGCUCCAGGAUUUACUGAAGGCCGUGCCUGAAGUUUAUAAAUCUGCUCUCCACCCUCACCUUAAGAGGAUCCACAACUUGGCUUCUAAAGAGCUGUCUCUUCGCCAGACCGUGGAGGAGCUUCAGCGUCACCAAAGUGCUGGAACCUAUCCAACAUUCAUCCUGAAUGCGAUAAGGGAUCCCGCCCUGCAGUUUGUCAAACCGUUCCUGGAUGACCUGCCCAACCACGCGGAUUUUCCGUCGUUACAGGUGGAUGUCACUAAUGCCAGGAACGUGAUGCUAGACCACUCUUUGCUGCUUAAACAGAAAGAGUUGGACUAUCUUGAGAGUGCUAUCAUCGGCGAUAGUGACGGCUGGCGGAACGCCUGCUUGAGUGUUGUGCAGGAGCAAGCUGCCUUUGUCAAGGCUACGAUCUCUGAGCACCUAGUCGAAGACCGUGAACCUGAGUUCUAUUGGUCAGGGCGGGCGAUGCCUGGGCAGAUCCUCACGGACUUCUCAUCCAUCGUUGGACUACAUGAUGUCUUUAUCACUCAAGUGGUGUAUCUUGCCAAGUUAGCUGAAGCCUCUCGCACUUCGCUUUUGGAGAGAAAGCAAGAUGCAAAAAUCCUCGCUGAUGUCGAAAUGACAGAUGGCGCAGGUACCAGCUCACAUCAAUCGAUGGAGCAACUGGUUGCGGAUAAGGUGAAAACCGAACUCCGAAAAGCGCUUUCAAAACGUAAGCACCACUUUCUUGGCAUCUGUGAUGCAGAGAAGCGCGUGUCUGACAUAACCACUUCAUCUCGAAAACGCUUUAGGCAAUCCUCCCUCCCAUCGGUACCCUGGCAAAUCCGGACUCCUGAGGAGUCAGGAUUUGAAACCAGGAAGACCUUUGAAAGGAGCGACCCAACCACCGUCACGAAAGGACUCGAAACGCAAGAGGGGCCCGGUGCCUUCUCGGAAUCGAAGAGCUGCAGGGAAGAGAUGACUGUUACUUCGUUUUUAGCGUCUUGUCCUAAAGGAUGGAAGCCUUGGAAACUUGCUUCCUAUCCUGAUCUGUAUCUAGACCUGAGCAAUCAAUGUCGUGCAAAGAUCGCAUAUUCACAGUUGAAAGUCUGGGAAGCUCUUACGCUUCGUGACGCUCAACCAGGAGUGUUUAAGCAUCCAAGCAUUCACCUCCCAAGGGAUGUAGAGUACACAUUGGCUUUGAAUAAUAAAUUCAUCCUGCCUCGUCCUAUAGAUACAAAAGACCUCCAGUCUGCCAAAGAGCAGCUGGUUCGGCAGGUGCGCUUAAAGUGGCACUUCCGCGACAGGUCUUCACCGAUGUUUCUUCCGCAGUUCCAUGUUAAAUCCUCUACGUGGGAUCCACCUUGUGCGCAUCAUCUUAUCGAGCGGGGGCUAUCGGCUGCGAUGCAAGUAAUCGACGUCCAUGUACGUCGGGGGCUUGUUGACACGCAACACCGGGCUCUCACUUCCGGAUUAACCAACUGGAGAAAGGCUCGACAGUGGCUACUUGAUAAUUCAUCAAUGGCGAAAAUCACUGAUAAGAACUUGGGAAUUGCCGUGUUUCCCACGUCCUGGUACAUGGAAGGUAUGCAAAUGUUGGUCUCAGACAAGAGCACUUAUAAAGUGAUCGGUCCUGUGGAUCAACCUCCUAAGUACCUAUCGGAAAGUCAUCAAUGUCGGCUCUUAAAAGAUCGUCUACACCACUGGGAUUUGGAACCCCAGCUGGAGAAGUUUAUCCGCUAUAAGACAAGGGUGCAACUACCACGCUUACAUGGUAUCCCAAAAGUACAUAAGGAACCAUGGAAGAUGCGGCCAAUAGUUCCAUCGCAUUCGUGGAUUACCACCUGCGUCUCGCAAGUCGUGGACUUUCUUUGCCGGCCGCUGCUAGCUAAAUAUCCCUGGGUGUUGAUUUCCUCAAAAGAUUUCAUCGUCCAGCUGGAGAAGGUACGCAGCAAGCCUUCCUCUGCAACCGACGAUGUUUGGUUAGUUUCUGGCGACGUUGAAGCCUUCUACACCAACAUCCCACCUUCCGACUGUGCUUUUUCAGUGGCUGAAGCAUAUGGAAAAUGGAACAUCGCUGCAGAGCAAGGUCGUCCUCACCCGCCCAGUCCUGAGAUCAUUGCAUCGAUGAUUGGGUAUGUGAUGGACAAAAACUUCUUCGCCUUCGAUGGAACAAUAUACAAACAGACUCGAGGACUCGCAAUGGGGACGCCCGCUGCACCGGUUCUUGCCAAUGUUUACGCUGCUUCCAUCGAAGAACAGCUACCGAUACUUAAACAUGCUCGGCUGCUAUAUUAUGGUCGCUAUCUAGACGACAUAUUCCUGAUGUACAAGGGAAGCGAAGAAGAGCUGAAGUCGUUCCUCGCCCAAGUGAAGUUGGGAUCCUUGACUAUCAGCUGGUCCUAUUCACAGACAACAGAGCAUUUCCUUGAUGUCGAGGUACUUAGGUAUAAGAAUACAUCAAUGGAAGUUUGGACAUUGGCCACCAAACUCUUUGUCAAGCCCAUGAAUAGGCACCUUUAUAUUCCCUGGUCAAGUGCUCAUCCUCAGCAUGUGAAGAAAGCCUUCGUCAAGGCCGAGCUGACCCGGUUCGUUAUACUAUGCUCUGAAAUGUGGUACUUUGCGGACGCAAGACGAGCAUUUUAUAGCAAUUUAAGACGGAGAGGUUACCCGUCGAGAACCUUGGAUGUAUGGUUCACUCAAGCAUCAUACAGCCAACGCAUGGCGUUUCUUACGACUUUUCAAGCCGAGAGUCACGUUGAUGAUAUGCCGUUGAUGCUUCGAGGUGAAUACAAUCCAAUUUGGGAAUAUAUAAACGUGGACGAGAUUUCCAAAGCUGCACAAAAAGAAUGGAGCAAAUUGAAAGAUCAAUUGCCUCGUACUUUACAACAAAAGCUGAUUCGAAGUCUCCGCAAAUCAACUUGUCUUGGUGACUUGUUGAAUGUGAGCAACUUGACGGCGUUGGAACAAUACUACAGUGAAACGCGUAACAAUUCAGCUGCCUCUGAAUCUGCUAUGCCUGGAACUGGUUUGUCUUAA